CAAAUUUUAUCAUUUUCGUUUACAUAUUUACUUACUGGUGUCUUUAAAAAAAUCUCUUUUUAUUCACACGAUUUCUUUAUCAAUAUUUCCUUGACGGUUUCUUUCGAGUACAGUCUCACAUUUGCAAGCAAUAACGUUGCACAAGCUGCACAAAUGUUCCAAAUUCCCCAGAAACGUUUGCUUGUGGAAGACAAAUUUUAUUUAAAACCUUACAUAGACAAAAAGGCAACCUCUUGUUUAUGAACCACGAUCAUUUGUGAAAACCUUUUAUAAACUUUUGUCAGUGAUAUUAUCCCAUGCUCUCACGUCAUUGAGGAAGUCUGUCAAGUAGUUAGAAUUGUGUGACCCAUGACUUUGCUACCUAGAGACGGAAAUAGAAGAACUAAAAGAGCUGCUUGUUGGUGUUCAAGAUCCACACGUGUUAUUAGCGUUGUGAUAUAAUAAACACACUGAAUUGUUUUAAUUAUUGUCUUUCGGCCUCAAAUGACGUCUUUACACCAUUACGCAAGAGAAUUUGAGAUAAAGUUAGCAGGCGGGCGUAAAGAGAAGAAAGAUCAAGAAAGGAUUAUAGGUCUUUGUCUGCUUUUAAGUCCCCAUUGUUUUGGUUUGGCCAAAUAGGCUACCAUUGUAUGGGGUGAUAUUGGCACGUAGCACCUAAUUGAUUGCAACACAACUGAAGCACAUCUUUGGAAAAAAAAGUAAACAAAAAAAGAUCUUAGUAUUUGAAACUGCGCAGCCGUACUUUGAACUAUUAUUGUUAACUUCCUUCGCUAAAUAGGCAGUUUAUUUAGUUAGAGUUGCAUAAUAACCUGGUCUCACUUAACUAACAAUCACAAAACUAUUACAGAAAACUCAUCUCGUUCACGAACAAGGUAAAGACACUAAUCUGACUGACAUGAGUGAAUUGAUUCAACAUGAUCUUCACAUUUGGGCGAGGAAGACGCCUGCUAAAUGGAAAACGAAGUCAAGGAGGGCAUCCUUGCAACGCAAUCAUUUUACAGAUAGAAUCGAACAGCAAAGACCACACACAACAGGUGCCUUGCUGGGCCAGAUUUGGAAAGUGGAUGGAGCCCCUGUUCUUCCCUCUUGGACAGUCACCGUCCCAUUUUCGCCGUCUUCGUUCUGCCACUUUCCCAGUUCGUCAACAUGCUACCACUGCUUAUUUGACAAAACGAACGGACGAGAGUUCUGCGAAAUUAUGGGUCGCGGAUACUGUACAACGUGUAUCAAAACAAACAGACGCAAAGAGAAUGACGAAGAAGUGAUUAACGCCCUUGGUACUUCAGUAACUGAGAGAUUUGCAUCUUUAUUUGGAGACACCAUCCUUCGAAUAAAGCGAAGUCCUACUUUGGCCUCCUCAACCAGUAGAGAGUUAUUUAACCGUCUGAAUAACUUUAACUCUAAUUCAGAAUAUUAUGUCAAUCCUACAAAUGGUAUUCGAUCAGAAACUUCGCAAGUUAUAUCUGAUGACAGAGAUUAUGAAAGGCAAUUACCUGACCAAAGUAAAUCUAGUGUUCUCCAAGCAACUGGAUCUGAAAGCCCAAACUAUGCAAGUUCGCAGGGAGUUCUAGGAACGGUAAGCAAGAAACGGAGGAGGAAAGGUGUGAGUGGCAAGACCAGGCGACAAUUUAGAACAUUCAAUGGAUUACCUAUCGAGCCACCUUUGAUAACUGUUGACUUAUCUAACCAGAUAAUGAAUCAGCUUGUUAUCAACGAUUCUUAGCCCUUUGCCCCCUCUAAGAGUGACAAAAAUGGAGUUUCUCUUUCCCUGCCAUGUCGUGAAUGAUAUUGCCAAAAGGUCUGGAUAGUAGCAGAUACGUAACGAACUUAAGAAGCAUUCUGUUCACACUUUACACAGAAAGAUGACAGAAGAACUGCCGAAACUGACAUGUUUUUUACUUUUAAAAGUGUCGUUAUUUUCUUAAGUUUCUCUUUACAUAUCAAUACAUUUUCAAGCAGAUGGCUAAUUAUGGGAGUGAAAACCCUAAAGUAAGGGUUAUUGCUUGAUUCAACGCGAAAUUCUUGGAGAUAAAAUUGGAAGACAAGUCAGGAGACAGUGGACAAUCUUGGGAGUGAAAAUAUUUUGCUCUUCAACUUAAUGAAUUACAUCCAUUUCUUUUGAUUGUGAUUCCAUUUACUGAUUUGGUUGAAGAUGAAGAAGACUGCAAACGACCCAUUUUCAACUAAAAGUUUCGGAGACGCACAAACUCUCAGGCAACUGCUGGACAUAUUAUCGAGUUGUAACCAGGCACGUAAAGCCUAAUUGUAGUUACGGGGUUGUUAUGUUGAUGUUUCGCUCUUGCCUUUAUUGCUUUCAGCUGAGAUUUCCUCGUUUAUGAUGUCGCAAUGUUACUCUGAGAGAUCGCGUAGGAUCCAGAAUUUUAUUACAUGAUUAGUUGUGGAACCAUUUGAGCCAGAAGGGUCUCACUGAUUUCCACAGUCGUAGGUUUAUCAACAAUUCAUUGAAAAUGUUUGUAUGAAGACUGAUUUUCAAUUAAAAAGGAUGCCGGAAUUUUUUUUAUAACUGAAGAUUUUUCGAACAUUGAAACACUUUUUAUCGAUAUAGAGGCUUAUUUUCGCCACGAAAUUUCAUUUCCGCUGGUUCUCUUCAAAGAACAAAGAGCAAACGCGAUUAGUGAGUAAAAACGUGAGUGAAAUUAUAAACACGUUAACACAGUUUCAAAGCCUCACAUCAAUUAGAUUAUUAACUUUGUUAUAAAAAGAAACCAGACAGUACACUUUAAAAAAGUGGGACAUAAAGACUGGAGGAAAAGUAAAUUUAAAAAAUUCCAGCCCUAAUGGCUUCUAAAGGA